AUGGUGGAAUGGCGAGGUCAAAAUCCUGCUCCGGCUUCAAUGAUGAUCAUAUCCAAUCAGGUGCACACUGUCUUCGCUUGGGAUCUGGCCCGGCUACAACAACGAACGCUAUACAACCUUUUUCUGGUUUAUUCAAUCGAGUAUGGGUUUUUGACAUUCCUGAGUACUUGUAGAGAGUGGUUUUGGGAAAAAUUACUAUGGUACGCGGAUGGUGAGAACAGAAGCCCAACACUUGUUCAGGAGAAGUGCAGUGACACGGGCGAGUUAUCAUCUGUCACGCUUUACUGCAAAUCUUGCAACUUCGAUUCCCAAAGCCCUCAAAAUUUCAGGAAGCAUCUCUCGAGUUAUAAGCAUAAACGAGAAGAGGCUAUAGACCCUACGGAGACAGUAGUUGACUGUGUAACAGAGGAGUGGGCAAGGGACUACCCGGCGACGCCUGAAUACGCGACAGCUCAAAUAGCGGUGUGGUGGAACUUGUUUCAAUGUCCGAUCCCCAAGGGAUAUGAUGCUCGUCGGGUCCAGCCGAGUUUAGAAGCGGCAUUCAAGAAUCUUGGCUACUCUGGUCCUGUCUCCAUCACUGCCUUUGGCGACCUAAACCGUAUCCCUGAUCACCUCCUGCGAGGGCUCUCUUCCACUGGAAUCAAUGUUGUGCAUUCCUGUUACGCUAACACAUGCACUGUAAUUUAUGAAGAUAUCGAGAUUUGGGUAGAUUCUAAUCCUCCUCCGGCUACUAUAAUGGUCAUAACGGAUACUUUGGAACCAGUCGAUUCAAUUUCUUUUUCUGGCUUAUUCAUGUAG